AUGCACAUCAUGUAUCCUCUCCUCUCCAUACCGGAUCUCGUGGCCUAUGUGAACAAGCUCUUCACCUUUAUGGAAUCCGCCCAAAGGACUGGUCUUAUGAUGAGAUCUGCUCCCGGAGCCGACUCCAUUGAUGACGAAGAGACCAAUAUACUCAAAAUAGUAAUGGCCACUGCUAUGGUUGUUGAAGGCUCGGGAAGAAGCGAGCUGGGACGUGCCAUGUAUGAUUAUGUGCAACCCUCUAUCGAUGCUCUCUUGCUUGGUGACACCGGCUUGAGACGCGUCCAGUUGCUUGCACUCACGGUAUGA